AUGGGGAAGUACACGCGGGGGUGCUGCGGCUGGCUCAUCGUGGCGCUGAUUGUGGCGCUGGUAGCCACGGCGGCGAUGUUCGCCAUCAUGAAGCGCAAGCCCGGGGGACGCCACAUCAAGCCGCUCCCGGUGCCGGGCCCGCCGGGGGCCAUCGACUCCAAGUACGGCGACGCGCUCGGGGUCGCGCUCCAGUUCUUCCAGGUCCAGAAGGCGGGGAAGCUGGAGAACAACCAGAUCCCGUGGCGUGGGGACUCGGCGCUGACCGAUGGGAAGGAAGCGGGACUGGAUCUUUCCAAGGGAAUGUAUGAUGCUGGGGAUCAUAUGAAGUUCACCUUCCCGAUGGCAUUCACGGCGACGGUGCUCUCGUGGUCGGUGCUGGAGUACGGGGAUCAGAUGAGCGCUGCAAAGCAACUGGACCCUGCCCUCGAUGCACUGAAGUGGAUUACAGAUUUCCUUAUCGCUGCACAUCCUUCUGACAAUGUGUUGUAUAUUCAGGUUGGUGAUCCUGAUCUGGACCACAAUUGCUGGGAAAGGCCGGAAACAAUGACUGAGAAAAGACCUCUCACACAGAUUAACAAAAAGUCUCCCGGAUCAGAUGUUGCUGCUGAGGCAGCAGCAGCUAUGGCAGCUGCUUCAAUGGUCUUCAAAUCCAGAGAUACUACAUAUUCUGAUGUGCUUCUUCAACAUGCUCAGAAGCUAUUUACUUUUGCUGAUACUUAUAGAGGCCUCUCAAGUGAGAGCUAUCCCAAGCUCCAAGAUUUCUAUAACUCCACCAGUUAUGUUGAUGAGCUUCUAUGGGCAGCAAGUUGGCUUUAUCAUGCCACAGGCGACCAGACAUAUCUCAGUUAUGUAACUGUACAGAAUGGGAAAACUUAUGCUGAUUGGGGAAGGCCAACAUGGUUCAGUUGGGAUGACAAAAAUCCAGGCACGCAGGUCCUUUUGUCCAGACUAAAUUUCUUUGGCUCCAAACAGAUAUCUAAUGCUGAAAAUGAGGGGUUAAAAAGUUAUAGAGAUACUGCAGAAGCUGUCAUUUGUGGUCUGAUUCCAGAUUCCCCUCAAGCCACUGCUAGCAGAACUGGAGAAAUAGAAUCUGUAGAGUAUGCAUUAGUGAUGUUUUCAGUUUAUCAUACCAGUGCAAUCUUCUGUAGGAGGGCUAAUUAUAUCUUGGGAGACAACCCAAUGAAGCUUAGCUAUCUUGUUGGAUAUGGGAGCAGCUAUCCACAGCAAGUACAUCACAGAGGAGCGUCGAUCCCCUCAGAUGCGAAAACAGGCUGCAAAGGAUUCCAGUAUCUCCAUUCACCCGAUCCAAACCCAAAUGUUGCAAUGGGUGCUCUGGUGGGUGGGCCAUUCCAGAAUGACACUUUCGUCGAUUCUCGUGACAAUGCUGUACAGACGGAGUCCAGCACCUACAACAGUGGCACCCUAGUCGGUAGCACUAUUUGUUCAGAAGAUGCAAUGAAAUUCCUGAAUUUGAAAAGGAUCUUGGGCUUCCAAUUACUGAAGAUGGCCGUAUCAUUCGUCACUAGACUUCUAACAUUGGCAUUAGGAUACGCCUAUCCGGCGUACGACUGCUACAAGACUCUGGAACUGAACGCGCACGCGCCGCAGAUGGAACGGCUGCGGUUCUGGUGCCAGUACUGGAUUCUGCUCGCGGUCCUGACUGCUUUCCAGAGCUUCGCCGACUGCGCGCUCUCGUGGCUGCCGAUGUACGGCGAGGCGAAGCUCGCGCUCGUCGUCUACCUCUGGCACCCAAAGACAAUGGGCGCGAGUCACGUCUACGACGACUACCUCCGUCCGUUCCUGGCGGCGCACGAGAAGGACAUCGACCGCGGCCUCGUGGAGCUGAGGGCCAGGGCUGCGGACGCGACGGCGUCGCACCUCCAGGCAGCCGUGGCCCUCGGGCGGGCGUGUCUCUCCGAGGUCGCCCGCCGCGUUUCGUCGCAGCUGCAGGCGACCAGAAGUCAUCCGGCCGGGGCCGGGCAGGCACAGUGA